AUGACACGCAUCAGCACGCGCACACAGCCCCAGUUAUCCGAAUCCUGGGCAGACAUGGACGAUUCGCAAACUGAUGAAGAUGGAUUCCAACCACGUCUUCGUGAAGCAUACUACAACACUCACAAAUCUGGUGCCUUGCUGAACUCAGCGAAGACGACGGACUUUCACGAAAGUGCAUCACAGAACCAGGCCACUUCAACUCGUCGCAAACGGAAUGCUUCCCAGAUAAGCCAAUCAUCAGCGUUCGUCAUGCCUACGCCAGAAUCCAGUGGAUACCUUGAGACUCCUCCGACUAGAACGACGAGACAGUCCCCAAGGCCCGCCGUGAGAGCUUCAGCCAUCCGCAAAUCUGUGCCUGUCAAGCGUGCUGCUCCAGUCUUUCCAUCACCAAGACGCAAGACUACCAAGUCCACCACGCAGGAUGUGUCGCCGGACUAUGUCCAACAGAUCUGGCGAAAUGCUGUUGUCCCUUUGCUCAAGUAUGUGCUCUCAGUCUUUUCAAUCGCUGCGAACGCCCUCAAGCCAAUCCUUGGAUACACCUUGAUCGUACUUCUGAUGGCGGUUGGUAUCGGUAUUGCAAAGACCAUGGUGGUACACAGCGUUACCAACGCUCUAUCGCCACUGUGCAACAUCCCAGGAGCCGGCUACCUCAAUCUUCCCUUCUGUGCCAUUGGACAUCAUGAUGGACAUCGAGGGCCCGUCGAAUUCGACAAGCUUGUCGUCACACAAUCCAAUUUUGAGGACAUCCUUGAGGCCUCUGUUCACCAAGCUGCUCUACCUCUAGCCAUGAAGAACUCAGAGUUGUCCAUCCGCGACCUGCGCACAGUGGUCAGACACUCUAGUCUGGGCUCACGCAAUGAGCUCGUCAAUGAGUUCGAUGGUUUCAUUGAGACUGCCCGCCAAGCCAGUGACGGUCUGUUGCAAUUCAACUCGCGCAUAUCACGCGCCCUUGACGGAAUCCUCUCUGCAAACCGCUGGACGAUGAAAGUGCUGCAAGGCAUUGAAGCCACUCCAGACUCUGAAGGCAUCAUCNCCCGCUUCUUCUCACAGUACCUAUCUGCUUUCUCUCUGGCCAUACCCCAAGAAUCCUCGGAAGACGUUAUCUAUGAUCAGUAUAUCCGUCACACCUCUGAAGUCGAAGAGCAAAUCCAAGUCUGCAUCCUCGAAGCAAACACCCUCCUCGAAGUCCUCGAAAACCUCGACGACCGCCUACACCAAAUCCAAGACAUUGCCCACCGCGAAGACCUCAAAGUCGGCGAUGCCAAAGCUGAACUCUUGGGCUUACUCUGGACAAAACUGGGCGGCAAUAGAGGUCCAUUGGCAAAGCAAGAGCAACAAUUGGCUACACUGAAUGAUGUGGGCAGGUAUCGCAAGACUGCUAUGCAACACGUCAUUUCGACUCUGGUCAAACUCAAGGAUAUCGAGAAUAAUUUGAGUCAGCUUAGGGAUGAUGUUGCUGCACCUACUAUUGUGGACAGAAAGAGAAUGCCUUUGGAGAUGCAUAUUGAUUUGAUCAGUUCUGCUGUUGAUCGCUUGCAGACGGUUAGAGAUGAGGGUCGCAAGGAGAAGGAGAAGAUGCUGCAGGGAACUCUGCAUCAGAUCAAUGAGCAUGCUGCCGAUAAGAGGAUUGGAUAG